CAAGAUUUCUGGACAUGGCAUCGGAAUGCCGACUGCACUUGUCCUCCCAUGAGCACGGAGCGUACGGACACCAGACAGGCGGACCAUGUUCGAGGGACGACAUGCGGCGGAUAGAUACCGCCUGCGCCUCCACAGAGCUCGCUCGGUCGAGCUCACUUCAGACGAGCUGAUAGAGUUACGUGCGGCACAGAGGACAUUUGAAGGGGCGUACAUUCGCACGGCGCUGGGGCAGUUCAGCUUCGCGCUGGUGGUGCUCAAGAUCUUCACGAGCGAGUUUUACAGCAUCGGAGCCUUGUUCGCCGUGUACGGUGCGGGCGUACUUUGCACGUCGCUUUUUCGGCGGCAGCAAGGCAAUCGGCAAUUUUUCAGUGAGGUGGGCGAAGACGGCCUCAACAGAAAGAAAUUCCGCACGUCGGGCAACGUGGUAUCGGUUUUGACGGCACUCAGCAUGGGGGCGUACAUCUCGCUUCUGGUGCUCACGCUCAAGUUACAGACCUGAAACCGGUGGAGGGUGAAGAUAGCUGGAGGCGUGUAGGAAGCGAUGGGCAUGAAGCGGGAAGAAGGGAAAGACUUUCUUCCUUUUUUUUCUCUUAACCACUAAGCUUGGCUUUAUAUGUACAUAUCGUAUGUGUGUAGCAGUUUCCGCAGAAGCCAGGGCGGCAGCACGCGCUGGCGGCAUGAUACACUUCCGUAACAAAACUCAUGCGCAACAACAUCUAAGUGUUUAGCUUGGCAGUCCGUACACACGCG